UCCACUGAAUAAAAAUCUAUAUUAUGAUAUAAAGUUUAAGUCAUCUAGUAAUUUCUCCACCCACUUUCUUUGAAAACAAAGGCAAGAGACAGAGAUGGCACGAUCUUUGAAAGUGGCGGUGAUCGGAGCCGGUGCCGCCGGUCUUAUCGCCGCCCGUGAACUUCAAAGUGAAGGCCACCGAGUCGUCGUCUACGAAAAAGGAGACCGACUCGGUGGAACAUGGGUCUACGACUCUCGAGUCGAGUCCGAUCCACUCGGACUCGACCCGAACAGAGAGAUCGUUCACAGCAGUGCAUACCAGUCGCUCCGAACCAAUCUUCCUCGGCACGUGAUGGGUUUCUCGGACUAUCCGUUUACUGUUGGGAAAAAUGGGGAUUCGAGGAAUUUUCCUGGGCAUGAGGAGGUGCUCCGGUUCUUGAAUGAUUUUGCCAGGGACUUUGGACUCACUGAGUUGAUUCGGUUUGAUUCUGAAGUGGUCAAAGUUGAGCAGCUUGACUUAAGAAAUGACGAAUGGAUCGUUGAGUCGAGGACGAGUGGGUUGAGUUCAGCGGAUACCUUCGAGGCAGUAGUAGUGUGUAAUGGUCACUUCACUGAACCACGGUUAGCAAAUCUUCCAGGCAUUGAGAAAUGGUCAGGAAACCAAGUACAUAGUCACAAUUACCGUGUUCCCGAACCAUUUCGGAAUCAGAUUGUGGUUAUGGUUGGAGCUGGGCCUAGUGCGAUUGAUAUAUCCAGAGAUAUUGCUAAAGUUGCCAAAGAAGUUCAUCUUUCAUCAAGAUCCCCUAGUGUUAAAGUCUCAAAAUUAGACAACUGCGACAAUAUAUGGCAGCAUUCAAAGAUUGAUUAUGUCUAUGAAGAUAGUACGAUAACUUUUGAAGAGGGAUAUUCUGUUAAAGCUGAUGUCAUUUUUCAUUGUACUGGGUACAAAUACCAUGUUCCAUUUCUGAAAACAAAUGGAACUGUGACAAUCGAUGACAACCGUAUCGGACCACUUUAUAAGCAUGUCUUCCCACCCCAGCUUGGUCCUUGGCUCUCCUUUGUUGGAAUACCUUUUAAGGCCAUUGUAUUUCCUUUGCUGGAGCUACAAUCCAAGUGGAUAGCGCCAGUUUUAUCCGGUAAGGUGUCUCUGCCAUCCAAGGAGGAGAUGCUGGCUGAUGUUGAAAAACUUUACCGGCAUAUGGAGGAAUCCGGGAUCCCCAAGCACUAUACCCAUCAAAUUUAUCCACAUGAGUUUGAGUACAUGGACUGGUUGGCUGCUCAAGUGGGAAUACCACCUCUGGAGGAGAAGAGAAAAAGGUUAUACGUACAAAUUUGGAAGCUUGCUACUAGUUCUCAACCGGAAGGAUAUAGGGACGAAUGGGAUAUUGAUAACUGGAUAAGCCAAACUAUUUAAUUACUUAAAAACAGCAUACUCUGCCGGGGUCUGAAAAGGGUAAGAUAUAUACAGUCUUUAACUUUUAAAAGAUUGUUUUCGUGUUUCGUACCAUAAUCUUCAAAUAACAAUGAACCAACUUUAUCGUGUUUUAAUCUGUAUACAAACAUUUUAUUGAAAGCUCAUUCAAGCAAAAUGAUUGUAUGAAAAUUACUGGAAUAAGAUUCGCCAAAGAAAUCUGUUUCUUGGUAAUGUCCAUUUCGUAGUUAUGAACAGUAAGGUUUACAUUGUGCAAAAAGUGGAACAUCCCUCUCUCACGCACACAAAUGGAUGACCAAAAAUUUGGUUUUUUAGUCUUCAUCUCACAAUCAUGAUUUUUCUCAGAAACAUAUAUUAAGGCAGGCCUGCAUAUGCUGAUCUUAUUUUUGAUAAUUGCCCAUUCAAGAUUUUUAACUUUUAAAUAUUAAUUUAAAACUAACAAAAUUGGAGGCAAACAUAUGAUACCAUUGAAAGCAUAUGCUGCUAUAUAAG